UGGAAACAUGUUGCCUGCACACUUACUUCUGCGAUUGAAGUUUCUAAUCCUGAAAGCGAGAUGGAGAAGACGUGCCCAGGAAAGAAGAAGGAGCCGGUAUUGGGUCCACCUGAUAACUUCCAAACAGAUGACUAGAGACGUUUUAUCCGUCGUGUAUUUGGAGCUUCGUGCUCAUCCAGAAAAUAUUUUCAACUAUAUGCGCAUGACUGUCGAGAGUUAUGACCAGCUACUGCAGCACAUUUCAACACGCAUCGAAAGACAGGAUACCCGAUUCAGAUGGGCAAUUUCUCCUGCAGAGCGGCUAAUGUUGACAAUAAGGUUUCUUGCUACGAGAGAAUGUCUGUCAUCGCUGCAUUACCAGUAUCGGAUGGGAAUUUCGACGAUCUCUAUUAUAGUCUGUGAUACUUGUCAUGCCUUGUCGGUGGUAUUGCGUGAGGAUUACAUCCCACAUCAAACUACAGAGCAGAUUGCAGACAAGUUCCUAGAAACCUGCCAAUUCCCUAAUUGUGUCGGAGCUGUGGAUGGGAAACACAUACGGAUUGUAAAACCUUCCGGAAGUGGCUCUGAAUUGUUCAACUACAAAAAAUAUUUCUCAAUUAUCUUGAUGGCCAUUGCGGAUGCUGAUUUUCGGUUUGUCGCCGUUGACAUUGGAGCUUUUGGGCGGACAAAUUACUUGAUGGCUUUCAAAAACUCAGCAAUGGUACGCCUCCCGUAUUCAAAGGACUUUGGAUUGCCACCUCCAAGACCUUUGCCAGGUAUUGAUGGACCUCCAAUGCCAUUUGUGGUAGUAGGGGACGAGGCGUUCCAAAUGUGUGAGAACCUCAUCAAGCCGUACUCUGGCCGUGACUCGAACCCUGGAAAAGCGAGUGUUUAA